ACACGUGGUCCGGUGUGGUUCGAGCGGGUCCCCUCGGCCGGGCCUGGGGCGUUACGAGCUCUUUCCCUUUACGUAGGCCGGACCUAGAGCUCCGGUCCCCGUCGCGUCGGCAAGAUGGUGAAGCCCAACUACAAAGGACGGAGCACCAUCAACCCGUCUAAGGCCAGCACAAACCCCGAUCGAGUACAGGGAGCAGGAGGCCAAAACAUGAGGGACCGGGCCACGAUCCGGCGCCUGAAUAUGUACAGACAGAAGGAGCGCAGGAACAGUCGUGGUAAAGUGAUUAAGCCUCUGCAGUAUCAGUCAACAGUGGCUUCUGGCACAGUGGCGAGAGUGGAGCCAAACAUUAAAUGGUUUGGAAACACACGCGUGAUUAAGCAGUCAUCAUUACAAAAAUUUCAAGAGGAAAUGGAUGCAGUUUUGAAGGAUCCAUACAAAGUUGUCAUGAAGCAGAGCAAGUUACCCAUGUCUCUUCUGCAUGAUCGGAUCCGGCCUCAUAACUCAAAAGUUCACAUUCUUGAUACGGAAAGCUUUGAAGCUACAUUUGGCCCCAAGUCACAGAGGAAGCGACCAAAUUUAUUUGCGAGCGAUAUGCAGUCUCUGCUAGAAAAUGCGGAAAUGUCCACUGAGAGCUAUGACCAAGGCAAGGACCGUGACUUGGUGACCGAAGACACCGGUGUGAGAAAUGAAGCCCAGGAAGAGAUCUAUAAAAAGGGACAAUCCAGAAGAAUAUGGGGUGAGCUCUACAAGGUGAUAGACUCAUCAGACGUCGUGGUACAGGUUCUUGAUGCUAGAGAUCCAAUGGGGACCCGUUCCCCUCACAUCGAGACUUACUUGAAAAAGGAAAAACCCUGGAAACACCUCAUUUUUGUCCUUAACAAAUGUGACCUUGUUCCAACCUGGGCAACAAAACGCUGGGUUGCCGUCCUCUCCCAGGAGUAUCCAACCCUGGCUUUCCACGCGAGUCUCACUAACCCCUUUGGCAAAGGAGCAUUUAUUCAGCUUCUCCGGCAGUUUGGAAAGUUGCACACUGACAAGAAGCAGAUCAGCGUCGGCUUCAUUGGCUACCCAAACGUCGGCAAGAGCUCUGUGAUAAACACGUUGCGCUCCAAGAAAGUUUGCAAUGUGGCCCCCAUUGCAGGUGAAACGAAGGUCUGGCAGUAUAUUACCUUGAUGCGUCGGAUAUUCCUCAUCGACUGCCCCGGCGUGGUUUACCCUUCUGAGGACUCGGAGACGGACAUUGUGCUAAAGGGCGUUGUUCAAGUUGAAAAAAUUAAGAGUCCUGAAGACCACAUUGGUGCUGUCCUUGAAAGAGCGAAGCCAGAAUACAUCAGCAAGACAUACAAGAUUGAUGCUUGGGAGAAUGCUGAGGACUUUCUGGAGAAACUGGCCUUCCGGACGGGGAAGUUACUAAAGGGUGGAGAGCCCGACUUGCAGACUGUGGGUAAGAUGGUUCUCAACGACUGGCAGAGGGGCCGGAUUCCUUUCUUUGUCAAGCCGCCCAAUGCAGAGCCGCCUGUAGCCCCCCAGCUUCCAUCCUCCUCAUCUGUGCAAGUUGCCACAGAAACAACCCAGAACAACCCAGAAGAGGAAAUCACAGACACUGGAGGUGAAGAGUCACAGUCUGUCACCGAGAAGGAAAAGGAAGAGAAGGGUCCCUGUGACGCCAACUCAGAAAUGCAGCAGAUCCUAGCACGGGUCCGGCAGAACUUUGGCAAAAUCAAUGUUGUGCCUCAGUUUUCUGGGGAUGACCUGGUUCCUUUGGAGAUGUCAGACAUCGAGGAGGAGCUCGAGAGCGUUUCCACAGCGGAGGAGGAGGAGCAGAAGGAGGAGGAGCUCCAAGGAGACGAGGAGGAGGAGUCUUACUCAGAGUCCCAGGAGGAGCAUGCUGGAAACGACACCAAGGCGGUCAUUAAAGCCCUGGAUGAAAAGAUCGCUAAAUAUCAGAAGUUUUUAAACAAGGCAAAGGCUAAGAAGUUUUCAGCAGUUCGAAUAUCUAAGGGACUCACUGAAAAGGUGUUUGCAAAAGCUGAAGAACAAAGGAGAACAGCUGAAGAAGAUGUAGAAGAUAGAGCACCUACCAAAAAGGGAAAGAAGAGGAAGGCACAGACGGAAGAGGAACGUUCAAAUAAAACUCGCAGGACGCUUACAUCGAAGGAACGGAGGCGAGCAGCCCGGCAGCAACAGUCUAGAAAAGUUGGUGUACGCUACUAUGAGACACACAACGUGAAGAACAGGAACAGGAACAAAAAGAAGACCAAUGACUCAGAGGGGCAGAAACACAAACACAAAAAAUCCAAACAGAAGCAGUAAUGUUUAAAAAGUUUAUUAAAUUAUACAAAAAUA